GACUCUGGUUCUCCCUCAUCCCACGAAGCGACUCUGACCCCUUGAGGGCAGCUUUUGUGGACGCGGGCGCCGAAGCUGACCGAGGGAGGUCCUCGCUGCGCCUAGCCACGCAAGCUGUGCCUCAUGGAGUCUACGUUCAGCAGCCCCGCGGAAGCGGCGUUGCAGCGGGAGGCGGGCGUCCCAGGACUGCGCACUCCUCUCGCGGACCUCGAUCGUGUGUACGAGCUGGAGCGAGUAGUUGGAUUUGUCCGCGAUCUGGGGUGCCAACGGGUGGCCUUGCAGUUUCCUGACCAGCUUUUGGGCGAUGCAGGGGCUGUGGCUGCACGACUGGAGGAGACCGCGGGGUCGAAGAUGUUCAUUUUGGGGGACACAGCGUAUGGCAGCUGCUGUGUGGACGUGUUGGGCGCUGAGCAAGCUGGAGCUCAGGCACUUGUACAUUUUGGCCCCGCCUGCCUAAGCCCCCCAGCCCGCCCACUACCGGUCGCCUUCGUCCUUGGUCAACGUUCUGUGGCCUUGGAACUCUGUGCCAAGGCCUUUGAAGCCCAGAAUCCAGACCCCACAGCACCUGUGGUGCUCCUGAGUGAGCCAGCCUGCGCCCAUGCUCUGGAAGCCUUGGCCACUCUCUUGCGCCCACAGUACCAGGACCUGCUAGUCUCCAGCCCAGCUUUUCCCCUUCCAGUGGAGUCCCUUAGUCCAGAGCCUGAGCUCUUGGAGCGUUUUGGGCGCCGCUUCCCUCUGGCCCCAGGGAGGCGCCUGGAAGAGUAUGCUGCUUUCUAUGUGGGGGGCUCUGAGGCCAGCACUGACCUUGACAUUGACCCAGACCUGAGCCGGCUGCUCUUAGGGUGGGCACCAGGGCGGCCCUUCUCCUCCUGCUGCCCAGACACAGGGAAGACUCAGGAUGAAUGUGCCCGGGCCGGGCGGCUAAGGGCACGAAGACGAUAUCUGGUAGAGAGGGCCAAAGAUGCCCGUGUGGUGGGGCUGCUGGCGGGCACAUUGGGUGUGGCCCGACACCAAGAGGCACUGGCACACUUGCGGAACUUGACUCAGGCUGCUGGCAAGCGUAGCUAUGUGUUGGCCCUGGGGCGGCCCACCCCCACCAAGCUUGCUAAUUUCCCUGAGGUGGAUGUCUUUGUGCUGUUGGCCUGUCCUCUGGGUACCCUAGCCCCCCAGUCUUCUGGUAGCUUUUUCCAGCCUGUAUUGUCACCAUGCGAGCUGGAGGCUGCUUGCAACCCUGCCUGGCCACCUCCAGGCCUGGCUCCCCACCUCACACAUUACGCGGACUUGUUGCCUGGCUCUCCCUUCCAUGUGCCCCUGCCACCACCUGAGUCAGAGCUGUGGGACAUCCCAGAUGUGUCACUCAUCACUGGGGAGCUUCGACCCCCAGCUGCCUGGAAGUCGUCAAAUGAUCCUGGAUGCUCAACCCUGACUCCGCGGCCCCAGCUAGACCUGGUUGAGAUCAGCCCUGCAGCCUCAUUCCUUAGUUCCCGGAGCUGGCAGGGGCUGGAGCCUCGCCUGGGUCAGACACCAGUAACAGAAGCUGUGAGUGGAAGACGAGGGAUUGCCAUCGCCUAUGAGGAUGAGGGAAGCAGCUGAUACCAUAUGGGGCCAGAGACACAGAUGGACUAUAAUGAAUCGCUGCUAGGACCUUUUAGUGCUCCCUGCACUAAACCUCUCAUCACCCACCAGGAUCCAUGAAGUAGCCUGGAUGGAGAGAGGGCAGCCAGCCCCUCACUGAGGAUAGAAUCCAUCUCUGUCCUGUCCUGGCACUGACACGAGGCUCCGCACAUAUUGUCUUGUAAAAGCCUAUUGUUUGACUGAUAGGGGAAAGGUCAUAGGGGCUUCCCUGAUGCCUUCCGGGCUCAUCUGUCCUGGGAGUACCCCAGGACCUUUGGCCAAUCCCAGUUCCUUCUCAAAGGGCAGGUGCUAGAUGUUCUAGACCAGGGUUUCUCAAUCUUGGCACUCUUGACUUCUUGGGCUGAUCCUUUGUGUGGUGGCUGUCCUGUGUAUUGUUGGAUAUUUAGCAGCAUUCCUGGCUUCUGCCCACUGGACAUCAGAAGCACCUCCUCCCCUCCUGAAUGUAACAACCAGAGAUGUCUCUAGACAUUGGCAAAUGCCCCCUGUCUAGAGAGCCACUAAUUUAGACCUGCAGUGUCCAGUAUAGUAGCCACUAGACACAUGGAGCUAUUUAAACUUAAAUUAAGAUUAAAAGCUCAGUUUCUCAGUCACAUUCAUCACAUUUCAAGUGAUCAAAGAGCCACAUGAGAGGACAGUGCAGCUAUAGGGCAUUUCCAUCAUCACAGAAAAUUCUGUUCAACAGUGCUGGUCUACACUGACUCAGGUUUGUUUCUCAGGAAGAUCACAGAAACUCGAAUAAACCAGAUACUUUUUCUCUU